ACGAAAAUUCGCAGUGUCAAUAUUUCAAACUUCGCGCCGCUUUCUACCACGAGCUUCCGGGCGAUCGACCCCGUGCGCCAUUACCAUACCGCAACGAGCGGUAAGCAAACCUCCGCAAACAUAAAUCCGUGCAAAGCGAACCCAAACCCAGCGAAAGCGAUCAUUUCGAUACCUGCUCGACGUACCGAACGUGGACCCUUGCGAUUUUGCCCUCGAUCGACGAUCGAAGGAAACGUGCGAUUUAAAGGUUAUUAGCGAGUGGAGUGGCGUAGGAAUAUCACACCUUGCGGCGAGUCGUUGAAGCCUUUUCCGUUUUAACAAACGCGAGUUGAACAUGUCGUAUACGUCUGAUAGAAGGAACGAAGAAUGGUCUGGGGAGAAAAAUGGCCCUGCGUCCGAGAAGGAGCCCCAGAGCUUCGAAGGUCCGCCUGGCAUGGACCCCGACGGCGUCAUCCAGUCAAACUGGGAUGAAGUUGUCGAUAACUUCGAUGACAUGAAUCUAAAGGAGCAACUGCUUCGCGGUAUCUACGCGUAUGGUUUCGAGAAACCGUCGGCGAUCCAGCAGCGCGCUAUUAUUCCGUGCGUGAAAGGGCACGACGUCAUCGCCCAGGCGCAGUCUGGUACAGGCAAAACCGCCACCUUUUCCAUCUCGAUUCUGCAGCAGAUCGACACGUCGCUGAAGGAGUGCCAAGCACUGAUCCUCGCCCCGACGCGUGAGUUGGCCACGCAGAUCCAGAAGGUCGUCAGCGUGCUCGGCGACUACCUCUCCGCCGAAUGCCACGCUUGCAUUGGUGGCACCAAUGUGCGCGAGGACAUCCGCAAGCUGGAGUCCGGCGCGCACGUUGUUGUCGGCACACCCGGUCGCGUCUUCGACAUGAUCAGUCGGCGCGCAUUGCGCACCGGCCACAUCAAGAUGUUCGUGCUCGACGAAGCCGACGAGAUGUUGUCUCGUGGUUUCAAGGAUCAGAUUCACGACGUUUUCAAAAUGCUUAACAUGGAUGUGCAGGUCAUCCUGCUGUCGGCCACCAUGCCGAACGAUGUCAUGGACGUGACGAAGUCGUUCAUGCGUGAGCCGGUGCGCAUCCUCGUCAAGAAGGAGGAGCUGACGCUCGAGGGUAUUCGGCAAUUCUACGUGUUUGUCGAGCGCGAGGACUGGAAGCUGGAGACGCUCUGCGAUUUGUACGAUACGCUGUCCAUCACACAGGCGGUAAUCUUCUGCAACACACGACGCAAGGUCGACUGGCUCACCGAGAGCAUGCACAAGCGCGACUUCACCGUGUCGGCCAUGCACGGCGACAUGGAGCAGCGCGAGCGUGAUGUUAUCAUGAAGCAGUUCCGCAGCGGGUCGUCUCGUGUGCUUAUCACGACCGAUCUGCUUGCUCGCGGUAUUGACGUGCAGCAGGUCUCGCUCGUCAUCAACUAUGAUUUGCCCUCCAACAGGGAGAACUACAUUCACAGGAUUGGUCGUGGUGGACGUUUCGGUCGUAAGGGUGUCGCGAUCAACUUCGUCACAGAGGACGACAAGCGCGUUCUGACGGACAUCGAGUCAUUUUAUACGACACACAUUGACGAAAUGCCCAUGAAUGUGGCUGACCUCAUCUAAAUCGGCUGGCUCUGCUGUGUCCGACGUUGCCUAGAGUUUCCUAUGGUCUGCGAGCGGACCGUACCCCCGUUCAGUCACAUUUCAUACCACACACAAAAACACAGAAAUUGAACAAAAAAAUCAGAAAAAUUGUGGAAUAAAGCCAGUUUUCCCCCUAUCACUAAUUACUAACGCAGAGGCACUUCACAGAAAUCUCGAUUCCAUUUUGAACCUUCUAAAAAAUUAAAUUUUUCCCAAACAAUCUGAAACUUUAAAUUACAAGUUGUUCGUUUCGAUUUCCUUCGAAGCCAAGUUGCGCAGCAGCAUCGUCGCCGAGGAUGACAGCCAGUUUUGCAGUUUGUCGUAUAAUUUAAUUUAAUUGACUAAAUAAUCAUUUUUACUACAUAAUAAGGUAAUGUGCUCUAAUAAAUUAUUUUGUCUUA